AAAGCACGAAAAGCAGCGAGAGCAACAAAGCGUUGCCAAACCGAACCUGUAGAGAGGAUCACGUGGUGGACAGGAAGUAAUGGCGGUUUUGACAGGAGCGACCGCAGAGGGGUCCCACGGAAAUCUGCUCCAAACGGCCGCUCCUGUGUUUCUUUCCUCCAUGGUUUGGCGCAAGGUGCAAUAAAUACUGCCAUCGUCUCGGUGCCUAUGAUGGAGAAAAUGCCCGCGCCCUGAGGUGUCCGUGCGUCCCCGUCCGAGAAGAGAACACAUAUUGACAGCCCACGGGGCCCACGCCGAUAAGACAGCACCGGCGUGACGCCGCCGGCGGAGAAAAAUGCUUACGGCGCACACCUCUAAGUGGCCCUUCUGUGAUAAGAUUAUCGAAUUUCCAAAAUGGCUGUGGCGUUCUGAAGCAGUAACCGGGGUCGAAACAAACUGUGCAUAUCUGAACAAAACGCAAUUAUAUCAUUUUGACAAUGCAGCUAAGAAGCAAGACAGUUUGCUACAUCUUCAUAGGUCUCCUAUUGAACUUACACUUUUGUAAUGCCAUAGAGCCAGUGACUGUUAUUUUCGGUAUUGCUGCUAUUGGUGUUUCGGUACUUUACGCUAAAUGGCAAGCAGUGCAGUGUACAUACGAGUGCUGUGCUACACCUUGGGUUAAAGAUAACAUAAAAGGUUUAGAGAAUACGAUGCGAACAAGACUUCACGGGCAGCCCUUGGUGCAUCAAACCGUGAUCAGUGCCAUCAAGGAACAUCUGCGAAAUCCUAAUCCGAGGAAAGCAUUGGUGCUCUCUUUCCAUGGGUGGACUGGCGGAGGAAAAACUUACGCGAGCACAAUGAUUGCGGACGCCCUUUAUGAGAAUGGCAUGGACAGCAAAUUUGUCCGCCUUUACGUUUCCACAAAGCAUUUUCCACAUCAGGAUGAAGUACCAAAAUACAAGAAACAACUUCAUCAGGAAAUUGAAGGAAAAGUGAGGGAAUGUGCCAGAGCUUUGUUCAUUUUCGAUGAAAUUGAUGAGAUGCCCAACGGAUUGAUUGACAUCAUCAAACCGUACCUCGAUUUUUACAAGGCACUCGAUGGGGUCGACUAUAGGAAGGCCAUAUUCAUUUUUCUCAGCAACACUGCUGGUGAUGUGAUCGCGAGGUCGUUACUCUCUGCGUGGAAGAAUGGAAUAGACCGAAACAAGAUAAGGCUCAGUGAGAUGGAAAAGCUUGUUGGGCUUGGAAGCUUCAAUGAGAAAGGUGGCCUGUACCGAGCCGACAUUGUGGAGAAGAACCUGAUCGACGUUUUUGUUCCGUUCCUGCCACUAGAGCGAAAACAGAUAAUCGCUUGCAUCGAAGACGAAUUCAAGCGACGUGGCAUUAAGAUGCCUCCCAAGAGGGAAUUGGAAGAAAUGGCGGACGACUUGGAUUAUAUCCCAUCUGAAUAUAACUUAUAUUCUUCCACUGGCUGUAAGAAAGUUCACCAAAAGGUUACUCAGCACUUGGGUUUCCGAGAAGAAAUCUGAGUGCUGUUACACGCACAGUUUUUUUUUUUUUUUUCAACACAUUACAUAAUUGGAAGCAAGAGGUCUGGAAUGGAUGCACAUACACAUUUUUCCACGAGCAGGUGCCGCUUCUGCAGGAUAGCAGAGAAUGCUCUAAGCUUACAUGGAUAUCGAUCCACUAGCUUGUUAAGAGUAAUUUAUGCAGGGCAUGUGCAUUUGUGGAGAGAAGUGUAUAGAAAAUUGUGGGAGACUUCGAAACAAAGGUGAAGAAAUAUAACAGAAAAAUGUGCUGACAUCCUGUGAAGCCUAACGAAAAAUACUUUUUGCUACCCAAGUGAUACAUACUGGGUGCCACCCUCGCUGAUUAAUUUAUUGCCAGUGUGCCUUCAAGGCUGAUUGACUACAGAAUACUGUGCCUGAGAGCUGAGCUGUGUGUUGAAUGCUGUUUCUGACUUUAUCAAUCUCCCUUCUUAUUCAAAAGUAGGACAAUACUGGUGGAGGCAGUAAUGUGUUUAGAUGCUUUCUUUGCCAAAUUAUCGAGGCAUUUUAGUUCAGUCCCCUCUUCCUUAUAAGCAGUUAUCGAAUAACCUACAGAAUCUGUAUGUUUCUACAACUUUUUCGAACUGGCGCUGCGUUCAAAAGGACAUGCUUAGUUAUUGGAGAGCUUCUUUAAUAACCAGACAUGAAACAAGGAUAUUUCAAAUUUUCCUCCUUUUAUAUUAACCGUAUCUGUUUAACAUUGAAAGCACAGGGCUACGAAACAGGUGUCUGCUGUAACAGCACCAUAUGUAUAGCUGGUGCAGUGCCUUUAGCAUAGUAGCAACAGCACCUUUGCUUCAGAUCAGCAGUUUUGAAAUCCUGUUCUUCAGAACACAAGAGGUACAGGACAAGAUGGGUGUGAUGAGGUGCAAGACGACACCACUGCUAAUCAUGCAGGAGUUAAUGUCACAAGACCAUAUCUUGGUUGGGAGUGUAGUUAGCAGUCCACCAUGUCUGACUGCACGCAUCAUAUGCAUGUUGUAAUCUAAUUUCCCAUGCCACAGGCACCAUGGGCCAUGUACCAAAAUGUCGGAGGGAUCAGCAAGCCGAAAAAGGGGGGAGAAAGUAUGGACUGGGGGGAAAUAUAUAUGUACAGACCUAUUUUUAUAGUCAAACGUGUAAGGACUGUACGAAGAAUUGUGAUGUGUAAAGUUACUUUCUAGUCUUAUUUAUCUUUGGUUUAAAUUACACUGGGGAAUCCAUACAACGAAAGCCAUGUCAGUGUUUUCUUUCUCUUUUUUUUUUCUUUACGACCAUGCAGCUAUGUGAUUGUACUCUUCAAAGUACAGUGCCAAGCUUCCUUGAAACCCUUGUGGUUUCUUUCGGUGAUAAAUUCAUACCUUAAUACUCUGUUCAACAUCUAUGGAAGUUAUUGCACUGCAAGACUCAGCAGGAGCAUUGAAUUUUUGAAGUGUCCCCACUUGGACUCUCUUUGGUAUGCAGUGACAGUUGCAAGAAACAUUUAGUAUUGCUUAUUCCUAAUGAGGCACUUAAUUGUAAUGUCAUGUUCUGUAUCAUUUCGUGCUGGGUAAUGCACUGCUGCAUAAAAAUGUCAAUUCUG